UAUCCCGAUUAUCCCGCGCCAGCCGACGGAAAGGGACAGGAACAGGCGGUCGCCGUCACCGCCCUGACGCGGGCCACCGCUUCCCGUGGGAGCCGGACCGAGUCGGUGCCGUUCCUCCCUGCGCCCCGGGAAGCGAAGACAAAAUCUGAAAUGGUCCGAUACACUACUGUGCUCCUUCAGAGACUCAUGCUUGCUGAUGAUGAGAAGUAAAAACUUAAUCUUAAUAAAGCAUAUAUUUUGUAGAAAUUGGAAAUAUCUUGGUCACUACUAGUGAAUGGAAUCAGUAUUGCUGAAAGCACAGAGUUUUGAAAUAAUUUCUUCAUUGACACCAACUAACACUUUGAGGAGUAGAUCUACUGGCAAAAAUGGGUCGAUCUAAUUCUAGAUCACAUUCGUCAAGAUCGAAGUCCAGAUCUCAGUCCAGCUCUAGGUCAAGAUCCAGAUCACAUUCAAGAAAAAAGAGAUACAGUUCCAGGUCUCGGUCAAGGACGUAUUCCCGAUCUCGAAGCAGAGAUCGUGUUUAUUCUAGAGAUUAUCGCAGAGAUUACAGAAAUAAUAGAGGAAUGAGACGUCCCUAUGGUUACAGAGGAAGAGGUAGAGGGUAUUAUCAAGGAGGAGGUGGUAGAUACCAUCGUGGAGGUUAUAGGCCUGUCUGGAACCGAAGACACUCCAGAAGCCCUAGGCGUGGCCGCUCCCGUUCCAGAAGUCCAAAACGAAGGUCGGUGUCUUCCCAGAGGUCCCGGAGCAGGUCUCGUCGAUCUUACAGAUCUUCCAGGUCCCCAAGGUCCUCUUCAUCUCGUUCUUCAUCCCCAUACAGCAAAUCACCUGUCUCUUCCAAAAGACGCGCAUCUCUGGAAAAGCAGGCAAAGAAGACUGAAGGGGCUCCUUUGCAAGACAGUCCUUUGAAAAAUAAGUCACAAGAUGAACAGAAAGAUACAUUUGAACAUGACCCAUCAGAGUCUCUUGACGAUUUUAACAAAUCAUCAGCAGCUUCUGGCGACAUUUGGCCUGGCCUUUCAGCGUAUGAUAACAGUCCAAGGUCACCCCAUAGUCCUUCUAUUGCCACCCCACCUAGUCAGAGUUCAUCUUGCUCUGAUGCCCCUCUGCUUAGCACAGCCCACUCAGCAAAGGACACACCUCAGCAUUCCCAUUCCAUUCAGCAUAGUCCUGAGAGAUCUGGCUCUGGUUCUCUUGGAAAUGGUUCUAGCCGCUAUAGUCCUUCUCAGAAUAGCCCAUUGCAUCAUAUCCCUUCAAGGAGAAGCCCUGCAAAGACAAUCCCAUCACAGAGUGCCCCCCGUGAGGAAGCUCGAGUGCGGUCAUUUUAUCCUGAGGGUGGUGAACAGGAAACUGCAAAAGGUGGAAAGUUUAUGAAAAGGUACACAGAUGAAGAGUCUAGAGUAUACCUGCUUGAUAGGGGUAAUACCAGGGAGAAGGAGGCCCAGAAGGAGAGAGGAUCAGAAAAAGGGAGGACAGAGGGAGAAAGGGAAUGGGAGGAACAGGAAACUUUAGAUUUUUUCGUUGAUAAAGAGACUGGGAAGGAGAAGUUUAAUGACUCUGAAGGGGAGGACACAGAGGAGACAGAGGAUUACAGACAGUUCAGAAAAUCUGUCCUGGCAGAUCAGGGUAAAAAUUUUCCUACUGCAUCUCACCGGAAUGCUGAGGAGGAAGGAACCAAAUACAAAUCUAAAAUAUCAAUCAAGGGCAAUAGAGAGAGCGAUGGAUUUAGAGAUGAGAAAAGUUUUAAGCUUAAAGAGACUGGCUAUGUAGUGGAAAGGCCUAGUGCAACAAAAGAUAAGCACAAGGAAGAAGACAAGAGUUCUGAGAGACUAAUGAUGAAGAAAGAAACUCAGUCACCUGAGCAGGUAAAGUCUGAAAAGCUCAAAGAACUCUUUGAUUACAGUCCUCCUCUACACAAGAAUCUGGAUGCGAGAGAAAAAUCCACCUUCAGAGAGGAGAGCCCACUUAGGAUCAAAAUGAUAGCCAGUGACUCCCAUCGUCCUGAAGUUAAACUCAAAAUGGCACCAGUACCGCUUGAUGAUUCCAAUAGACCUGCUUCCUUGACUAAAGACAGGCUGCUUGCUAGCACACUUGUCCAUUCCGUCAAGAAGGAGCAAGAGUUCCGAUCCAUCUUUGACCACAUUAAGUUGCCACAGGCCAGCAAAAGCACAUCAGAGUCAUUUAUUCAGCAUAUUGUCUCCUUGGUUCACCAUGUCAAAGAGCAAUACUUCAAGUCAGCUGGAAUGACCCUAAAUGAGAGAUUCACUGCGUAUCAAAAAGCAACUGAAGAACACUGCACCCGACAAAAGAGCCCAGAAAUACAUAGGAGGAUUGACAUCUCUCCAAGUACCCUGAGGAAGCAUACCCGUUUAACAGGUGAAGAGAGAGUCUUUAAGGAAGAAAGUCAAAAAGGAGAUAAAAAAUUAAGGUGUGAUUCUGCUGAUCUUCGGCAUGACAUUGACCGACGUAGAAAAGAACGAAGUAAAGAGCGAGGAGACUCAAAGGGUUCCAGGGAAUCCAGUGGGUCAAGAAAGCAAGAGAAAACGCCAAAAGAUUACAAGGAUUACAAAUCUUACAAAGAUGACAGUAAACAAAAAAGAGACCAAGACCGUGCUCGGUCCUCCCCAUCUUCCUCCCCAUCUUCUUCUUCAUCCAGUUCUCGAGAAGAAAAGGAUUGCAAGAAAGAAAGAGAUGAAGAGUUCAAAACCCACCAUGAACAGAAAGAAUACUCUGGUUUUGCAGGAGUCAACAGGCCAAGAGGCACCUUUUUUCGAAUUAGGGGCAGAGGAAGAGCCAGAGGAGUCUUUGCUGGAACAAAUACUGGUCCCAGCAACUCAAAUACUACUUUUCAGAAGAGACCGAAGGAGGAGGAAUGGGAUCCUGAAUAUACCCCAAAAAGCAAGAAAUACUUCUUGCAUGAUGACAGAGACGAUGGUGUGGAUUAUUGGGCCAAAAGAGGAAGAGGCCGUGGUGCUUUCCAGCGUGGCAGAGGGCGUUUUAACUUCAAAAAGUCAGGUAGCAGUCCGAAGUGGACACAUGACAAAUAUCAAGGGGAUGGGAUUGUGGAAGAUGAGGAAGAAACAAUUGAGAAUAAUGAAGAAAAGGACAGACGCAAAGAGGAAAAGGAAUAACCCGGAAGAAAGUUGUAGCUGAAAGAGCAGCUCUUGCACCACCCACACAACAUUUUUAAUAUGUUUUUUUUUUGUUGUCAAAUGAAUGUAAGCAUUUUACUUAAAUUUUACUGUUGGAAAGUAGUUUAGAGAGAUUGUUUUCGUUUUAAGCCUUUAGAAAAAAAUCAUGAUAUAGUAAACUAUGUUAAUGAUCGUACAGGUAGAAAGUAAAAUAUUUGUAACAACUUUUAAGAAAUUUUACUGUUUGUUAUAUGCAGUGUAAUUCUGCUUUGUCCAAAUAUAUGGUCAAGUACAACUCUAAAAGUUUUGAUUCUCCCCUAUGUCUGUGUUUUAUUCUGAAGUAAACUUACAGCUCUGCACACCUGAAA